CACUUGUUCUUUCUUUUCAAAUUCUCACUCAUCUCUGCUGCUGAGCUCUAAGCGUCGGCAGACUUCCUGUUAAGUUCAAACCGAAAGUAAUAAUUUGCGCCAUUUUCUGUACAUUAUCUCUCGGUGGUAGGCUAUAUCUGUAGGCUGCCGUGAGCAGACAUGCUGGUUCCACAGCUUCUCCUGGAGACGCUGGAAGAGCUGCUGGAAGAUGACUUCAAACAGCUUAAGUGGUACCUCUCAAUGACAGUUGUGGACAGCUGCAGACCAAUUCCCAAGUCCCACCUGGAGAUGGCAUCCCGGAGGGAUACUGUGAGUAAGAUGGUAGAGAGCUACGGUGAAGAGUCGGCUGUGAACAUCACUGUUGAGAUUCUGAAGAGGAUGAACGCCAACAACGCUGCAGUGAUGUUACAGAACAAAUACGCAGAGGGAAAAUCAGCUACACAUUCCACGUCCUCCUCUGCUGUGGCACCUCCUGCUGCUGCUGCUGCUCCUGCCACAAUGUCGGCUCAGCAAGGAAGUGUGAUCAUCGCCCCGACAGUCGCCGGUGGUACCUCAGGAUCAUGGAAUAUAACCAUCAAUAAAUAACCUCAUGAAACACAACCAGACUGGGAUAACUGAGAAUACUCAUUAUAUUUUUUUUAAUUAUUGGUGUGAUUAACAUUUGCUGUAGUUCACCAUGUACAAUUACAUGUUCCCAGUAAAAUGGAAGCCUUUGUACAUCGUAACACAACACGUGGAAAGAACAUCAGCAGAACAUCUUCCAGCCAAUCAGAAGCAACUAUUUUCACAUAGCCUUGGAAUAAGACUUUUUGGGUAACACUUUAAUGUAAGUCCCCCUAUUUAGCAUUUAUAAGUAGCAUACAAGCACUUAAUAAAUGGUAUAUAACACACUAUAAUGUCAUUGUAAGCAGAUACAAGGACAUUGUAAGUGUUCAUUAAUGUACAGUAUUUGCUACAACUUCACUCAUGAAGACAUAUUUUAUAUAAUUAAAACUGUUCCAGUAUAUUGUCAUUAAUUAUCUGUUAAUACACCAGCUGCUACUUAUGGGUGCCCCCAGGAGUUAUAGAUGUUGAUAAAUACAUUAAUAAACACUUAUAUCUUCUUACAACUAGUGUGUUAUAAACCAUGUAUUAAAUGUUUACAUGAUGUUUAUAAAUACAGGGACUUAAAGUAAAGUGUUAAAUAAUUAUUGUAUAUGAUAAUUGUGUGCAUUUAUGAACUUCAUGAUUUUUUAUAUCAUAUCUUUGAAAGAAACCAAUGAUGACCAUGACCAUUAUAAUGAUAUGACACCAGGUCUGGCAGAAUAUACAUUUUCCUUUCAAUGCUGUUUUCAGGCCAAGUACACUCAGUACAUUUUAAUAGAAUUUUUAUUUUUAAAUGUACUAAAAAAUACUCUAUUCUAAAUAAACAACAGCAAAACAA